AUGAUUCUGCUGUCGAAGCCGAGACAAAAACGCACUGACUCGCGCUGUAUCGGCGCUUACGUCAACGGACUGGAAUCCGGAAGUGAUCUGAUGACAUCAAAAAGUCCCCUAAAACGUCACCCCUGCCCUGAGGCAGCCAUGACAGAUAUAAAAGGCCUGUUCCGCAUCGUUAAGAAUCAGUGCGGUCUGAAAUGGAAGGACCUGGGCCGCUCUCUCAGGUUUGAUGAAACCAUGCUGGAGGUUGUGGACGCCAAACACAGGGAUGCUGGAGAAAGCUGCAUGGAGAUGCUAUCCACCUGGUGGUAUGGGGCUUGUCGGGACGCCACACCGCAGACUCUCAUAGAUGCUCUAACAGACUCUGGCCUGAAGGAUGUUGCUGACCAAAUCGAAGAUUACUUAUCAGGUCGUGGAUCAAGCAACAUCCACGACAAAGAGAGUUGCAGGACAUACGAAAGACAAUGCAGCGGAGGAGUCUUCCAACAAGUCUCCAGGUCGAUCGGUGACAAUUGGAAGGUCCUUGCGCGUCACGUAAAUCCUGGUGUCACAGAAGCCGUGUUGAGGGGCAUCGACAAACAAUUUGACCAGAACGCCAAGGAGAGCUGUCUACAUGUGCUGGAGAACUGGAGACAAAGGAACGGAAGAGACGCGACCUUAGAAACACUCAUAACAGUCCUCAGAACCGCUGGACUUGCAGAAAUAGCAGACGAUAUAGAUGGUAAUACUUCUCAAUUAUUAUUGAGCGUAUUCUAG